AUGGGCAAGUUUGUGAUAAUAAGCCUCUUGGUAUUACUGGUCUCACUAGAUGCGGAGGCUCUUCCGUUAUUUAGAAAUUUCAACAUCGUAAUUUCAAACAACCUGAAAUCUAGCAAGGUGUUGAAGGUGCACUGCCGGUCAAAGGACGACGAUCCCCCGUUCCAUUUUCUAGACGUCAACACCGCGUAUGAACUCAAGUUCACCGUCUAUCCCAAGACUUUGUACUGGUGCAACCUCUGGCAGGGGCCGAAUUACAAACACUAUGCGAGAUUCGAUGCGUUCGUUGCGGACGACCAUUUCAUAGACGAUGUAUGCGGAGGUCGUAAACCCAAUGUGUGCACAUGGGUCGCGACAGAAGAAGGGAUUUAUGUCCGCAACAACGCAAGGGGAGAUUACAAGCUCCUUUACAAAUGGGACGCUACGGCUGAGCAGAACAUUCCCUAG